CGCAACACUUAGACUACGACUACAUCACCGCACGACUACGUUAGUGCGGUGACGCCCCUCGCUCGCGCACUUCCCUGAAGUAGUCGACAAGCAACGCUCAGAUUCGCGUCAAGAGCCCCCAAGCGCAUAUCUUCACGUCUACCCGCAGAAGACUCGAUCAAGAGGUGCAAUGGAGAGAUGCUGUGGACUGCUGACAGCUAAGGAAGAACCAGUUCCUCUGAAGAGCAUCGAGGUGGAGGUGGACGUGCGGGACCACGUGGCCACCGUGCUGGCCUGGCUGCACUAUGAGAACAAGGAGGACGGCGCCAUCGAGGCCCUUUUCGUCUUCCCUCUGCCCGCCGACGCCGCCGUCUGCCAUUUCGCCGCCAAGAUCGGGCAAAGCGAGAUCGUGGCCCAGGUGAAGGAGAGACGAGAGGCCCGGGAGGAGUACGACGACGCGCUGAGCUCCGGGCGCCAGGCCUUCCUCCUGGAGGAGAGCGAGCAGAGCCCGGACAUUUUCUCCCUGAGCGUGGGCAGUCUCCCGCCGGGAGAGAGCGCCUCCAUCAGGCUGGAGUACGUCACCGAGCUGGCCGUGGAGGCGGACGACGGGCUGAGGUUCUGUCUGCCCGUGGUGCUCAACCCUCGCUACCACCCUGCAGGAAGCCAAGGCGUGAAGGUGACGUCCGCGGGGGCCUCCGGCGCGCCGUACGCUCUCUCCUUCUCGGCCCGGGUGUCGUCCCCUCGUCAGGUGGCCAAAGUGGACUCCGAGUGUGGCCUGGAGCCUCUGCGCUACCUGGACAAGGAGCAGACCUCGGCGCUGGUUCGGCUGUCCGAGGGACACCGGUUUGACAGGGACAUCGAGCUGCUGAUUUACUACAAGGACGCCCACCGGCCAGCCGCCGUGGUGGAGGCGGGAAAAGCGUCCGCCGAGUCCGGCACGCUGAUGGGAGAUGCGGUGGUGAUGCUGAGCCUGUACCCCGAGUUCCCCCCGGCGGCGGCGGCGUCUUCGCUCACCACUCGGGGGGAGUUUGUCUUCCUACUGGAUCGAUCCGGAAGUAUGGAUUGCCCGAUGGACGAGUGUCAAGGGAGCGCGAGCCGCAUCAGGAGCGCCAGGGACACGCUGCUGCUGCUGCUGAAGAGCCUGCCCAUGGGCUGCUACUUCAACAUCUACACUUUCGGCUCCUCCUUCCAACACGUCUUCCCCCAAAGCGUGGAGUACGGCGAGGCCACCCUGGCGGACGCUCUGAAGGAGGUGGAGCAGAUGGGCGCCGAUCUGGGAGGAACGGAGAUCCUUCGGCCCCUGCAGCACAUCUACGGCCAGCCCCAGAUCCCCGCUCAACCGCGACAGCUCUUUGUCUUCACCGACGGCGAGGUGGGGAACACCAAAGAAGUCACCCAGCUGGUGAAGCGGCAUUCCGCUUCCCACAGGUGUUUCUCUUUUGGGAUCGGAGAAGGGGCCAGCACCGCUCUCAUCAACGGUUUGGCCAAGGAGGGAGGGGGUCACGCUCAGUUCAUCACCGGCGGCGCCCAACGGAUGCGAGCAAAGGCCAUGCAAUCCCUGCGCUUCGCCCUGCAAGCGGCGGCCGAGGACAUCACGCUCACGUGGGACUUGCCCGAGGAGGUGUCGGUCACGCCGCUGUCUCCGCCCCUCGCCACCAUUUUCCAGGGUCAGCGCUCGCUGAUCUACGCUCAGCUCACCGGACAGAGUUCGCAGGCGGAAGACGCUUGCGUCACCGUCAGCUACAACCUGGCCGGCCAACCGAGCCAGAGUCGGCUCCGCUUCGCCCUUCGACCCAAAGAGGACACCGGCUUGACCAUUCAUCGGCUGGGCGCUCGGAGCGCCAUUCGCUCCCUGGAAACGGAGGAGGACGCGAGCGCUCUGCGGCCUUGGGAGGAAGCCGCAGAGAAAAAAGGGCCAGGGGUGGGCGCCAGGGACAAAGCGGUGCAACUCAGCAUCCAGUCAGGGGUGAGCAGCAGCUACACCGCCUUCGUUGCCGUCCGCCAGGGAGACGAUGCCGCGCUCGGAGGACCUUUGCUGCGGCGGAACAUCCCCGUCCCCUCUUUGAUGCCGAUGGGGAUAAUGAGGUCGUGUCCACCACCCAUGGCUUCCCUCAGAGGCUACGUUAAGUGCUGCGCUAGCCCCAUGGUGAUGGCGGACAGCUGCUGCUUGGAGGAAAUGGGAGACCUCUGCGCCGAAGCAGAAGAUUGCGAAUUUCUGGACAUCGAGCCGCCGGCAACCCGCCACAGGGAGCCAUUGCUGGAGCUGGUGUCCCUCCAGAAGGCGUCCGGCUGCUGGCCGCUGGAGGAGGCUCUGGCCGCCGCGCUGGGGAAGAGCGCCGAGGAGGUGGAAGCCCCCAAACCCGCAGCGGCGAGCGGGGAAGUGUGGGCCACCGUCCUUGCUCUGGUCUGGCUUCACGGGCUCCAGUCUGAGGCCCGAGACGAGUGGCAGCUUCUGGCUGUGAAGGCGGCGACGUGGCUCCGCGCUCAGAAGGCGCCCGCGGCGCUCCAGUGCGUGGAAGCCGCCAACGCUUUGUUGGGGUGUCACGUGCCGAGCGACGCGCUGGGCAUCUGAGCUCUCCGUCGGCUCCACCCCGAAGAAAGCAUCCCACGUGUUCUCCCGCCGCCGCCGUCGGCUUGCUCCUCCGAGCCCUCCUUGGAUGGUUGAAUGAAUGACUCCGGUCGUCGUUUCUGAAGUAUUUCCUCAUAUGAAGUCCUCCGCAUCCAUACAGCGGUGACAGUGUGGAGAAGGGAAGUGAACCUGUAAAAAAAAAUACAAAUAAAAAAUGAACAGGAGCAAAUAAAAGGUCCAAUCAAAAGCA